UCACAUUGUUGCUAGCAUCAUAAUAAAUUAUUCUCGUUAGUUUUAGUACUAAAAGUUACUAUAUACGCAGCUGCCGUUAAAAUGGCCGAACCUGUUAAGAAACUUCCAAAUUCUCGCGGGCCGUGCCCAAUUGAAUUCACUGAGUCGCAAGUCAGUUAUGGACCGCCAAAAAUCAACAAGGUUCUGACCACGCGUGCCAACCGAAUGGAGCAGUUUCUGUGGCAGGAGCUAUUCGCCGAGUACAAUCGUCAAUCCUCGGCAACUACGGACUUGGGUGUGAGCACCACUGAGUAUUUCGAUGUCUAUUGUAAGGAUAUACCACCGGUGGAUGAGGAACGAAAGGAGACUCUGGUCAACAAGUACCCGGUGUACUGUACAACGGCCAUAACUCUUUGGAACCAUGAUGGUGAUCCCACAAAGACCUUCAAAAAAAAGUAUUUGAUUACAAGGCCCAUUCAAGAGUGCACCGAAAAGUUUGCCCCAUAGGAUCAAACUGAUAUUCUAGGAUACUUGUACUCACUUUGCGAUCCACGAAUAAGAAAUCACCAUGUUUUUCAAUAGCAGAACACUUUGUUUUGUCGUUAAAUUAAAUUGUUUUAAAUAUAUCAUAUAUCUGACUAUCGA